AUGUCGACUAUCCUCCCCCAGCCACUUCCCCUCUUCGGAAUACCUCUUUACAUGAAUUACAAUGACGGACUCACGUACGGCUACGACUGUACGCUCAACCGCUACAGCCCGCUCAGCCCUCCCCAAGUGCAAUUUAUUCAGGAAAACUAUCUGUUCGACGCACUAAAUUGCAACUUUAUCGAACCAGAACCGGUGUGGUUCAAAGACCCACAGGAACCCAUAUUUUAUCAACGAUUCGCUGCCUUCCUUCAAAAUGUGUCUCCCUUAUGUCGCAUACUGCAACCCACGACGGGACCUUCCACGAGUAGCGCACUGGCCCCGACGUCAAGGCAGAACAUCCCUGGGCCCUCGACGACGACGAGAAAGACGAAGACGCGCCGUGCGGCAGGGAAGGCGGAAAUUGUCGGUGCACCAACGGUUCCCCUGGCUCGCAGGAAGGGCCGACGGACCCCGACGCAGGACAAGGACCCCCAGGAGUGGCCGCUACUUUGCCCGAUUGCUGGAUGCCCCCAGCGUACCAGGGACAGGAGGGACAUGAAGAGACACCUAGACUCAGAGAAACACAAAGAGAAGGGUUUCUCUUGCGAACCCUAUGGCUGCAACUGCGGCCGGAGGUUCACCAGAGAUGAUGCCGUGAAGAGGCAUGUGAAGAACAAGGGCUUCAUCGUUUGA